UUUGCAUUUUCGUACAGGUUUUACUGCCACUCAUGACAGGACAGCCGGCAAACACUGCAAAGCUGGAAAAGGCCCUAUCAGACCUGAACGGCACACUAGACAAGCUGGAAAACAUGUUUCUGAAGAGACAGGCCUUCCUGUGCGGUGAUGACAUCUCACUGGCUGACUUGCUAGCAAUUUGUGAACUCAUGCAGCCAAUGAGCAGCGGGAGGGACAUUCUGAAGGACAGACCCAAACUGAUGAGCUGGAGGGGUCGAGUCCAAUCAGCGCUGUCUGACUCCUUUGACGAAGCUCACACUAUCGUCUACCGCCUGAGGGAUAAAUUCACUGCUAAACUUUGAAAAAUCACACGGCAAGGUGUUUUUGGACUUGACUUAGAGUGAUUUAGAAUUUAGUCUGUCUAAUAACGAUAUGCAGUUUGAUUAAUUUAUGGUAAUCAAGGCAUGCAUCAAAAGUU